ACUAUCUUAAAUCGUGGUAAAAUGUGAUAACUGAUAUUCUUAUCAAGGACUUCGGUACUUUUAUUAAUUUCAUUAAAAAUCAGAAUCUUAAAUCAGUAAAAUCUGCAUUCUGCAUUCUGUAAAUUCGCCUGUUAAUCUACACUGAAAAGUGUAAGGACAAUAAAGGUACUCGUGGAUUUUUUUGUAAUUUACAAUGGUUUUUACAACGGCAAUGAUGAUGGUGAGAAGUAGAGGCCCAGAUGAGUUUUGGAGAAAAAGGAAAAUUUUCAAAAUUGCAGCUCACUUUUCUGGUCGUCGAAGAAAUUGUUAUUCCAUUGCCAUUAAGGCGGUUCACCGUGCACUUCAAUUUGCUACAAUUGGACGGACUGUGCGAAAAAGUGAUAUGAUUGAUUUAUGGAACACGCGCAUUAAAGCUGGGUGUGAAGAACAUGGGGUUGAAAUAAAUAAUUUCAAGGACAGUUUAUCAAAAUGUGACAUUCACUUGAACAAGAAAGUUUUAGCUGAUUUAGCUAUUUGGGAACCUAACUCUUUUAAAGCACUGUCUGAUCUAGCAAAGUCUGUAGCAAUUGAUUAUAACUUACCAGGUACUGAAAAAUACGACAAGCCAUCAAAUGUAGUCACAAGAGGUUUAUUGAAGAAAUAAUUGUAUUUUAUAAUGUUUUUUUUUUUUUUAAUGAAUCAUAAAACCUCAAGACAUUUUGUAGAAACAGAAAUAAAUGUUAUUUGUAAAAACCAAC